AACUCACUCUGUGCAGGAGGAGCACAUCAGGCAAUGCACUGAAAAACAGCGCCACAUGACGAAGUGUCAAAUUUACUUAACAGCAAAUUCCUUUCUGUGGAGUGGAACUGAAUAUAUGAAAAGGAUCUCUUUGCUUCAAUGUGUGUGACAGAGGAGUCUGGUGUUUUCCAUUGUCAAACACGUACCAGAUGACCAUCCUUGUGUCAACCCUGAUUCAGAGCAAAGCUAAGUUGCAGGUAAAGUGUCUGUGUGUGCUUAUGUUCCUGAGCUUCCCUCUCACUAUGGCUGAGGUCCCUGGUCCAUGCAGACACUCAAUCACUAGGGAGCACCUGCUCACGGUCAGGCAUCUGAUGGAUAACCAGCUGAGAAGUGGGUGCUCAAUAACCUACACAUUCAUAGAACGGAGAAGUUUGAGCAAAUGUUGCUUUGUAAAAGCUGCUUUACCCUGGAUCCUGGAGCUCCUCACCACCCACUUCAAAUACGGUCGGGGUUCAAUCAAUGAUGGCUAUGUUCAGUCCCUGAGAGCGCUCAUCCUCAACAUCUACUCGCAGAAAUGUGUGCCUCAAAUUAAUGAAGAGGUUGAGGAUAAGCCAGAGAGUUUUGAGAUGCUCUACAGAGGGUCUCCUUCAGAGGCACUGCAGCGGGCUUCAGAGGUGCUGUCUGUCUACUGGGAGCUGGUGACAAUGAGCGACGCGCCAGUAGAUUGGAGAUGCCAGCACGAAUACACAGAAACCUUUGGCUCUACCACAGAGCUAUCCACAGAGUCACCCACACAACAUUUUACAGAUAGUUAUGGUAAGAAUUCAGUGAAGGCCUCGCACAGGAGACCAGUCAGAGACCUGUACAAACUUGGCUUCAUCAUCGCCUCCGUCUGUGGAGGACUGCUGUUCAUACUUACUCUCUACUGUCUCAUCACACAAAAGAAAACUCACAACCCUCACAGAUCAAGAUCAUAUAUAAGCAGAGACCUGCAGGACAUAGAGAUGGAGCCACAAUAAUGCCAUAAAGAAGACACUGCUGCUGCAGCAGCAGACAUGCCACUUGUGAAGCUGUAUAUUUUAUCCAUCAUGAACAUGUUUCAUAUCAGUAUUGUCUGUGUAAUGUAUCAUAGUCACCUAUUUAAUCGGAAGCUUCGCUUUGACUGAGAGCAAAGAUGGACCUUAUUUGGAAUAAUAUGCUAUGUAUAUUAUGUUUAUGCGUUAUCUAUUGCUGAUAUCUUUUCAAGUUCACUAAAAAAAGGUUUAUUUUUACACUAGUUAUGUAUGUUGAAUGUGUCUCCAUUUGCUACCACUUAACCAACUGUUUGUAAUGUUGUUUGCCAAACACAAGUUAUUUAUUAGUUUGACUCUAUUCAAUCUCCGUAUUGAUAAUAAAAGUUUCAUCAAUACCAAAUCCAAAAUAUAAUGUUCUCCAGCUGUCCAGUUGCCAGUGCAUUCAUAUAUGAACCCAAUGGAAUAACAUCUAAAGAGCAGGUAAUGACCUCAUUAAACAAUUUAGGCCACUUUAUAGCCCACAUUCUGUUAAACCAAACUGAUUUAACAAACAGAUUUACAGUAACACUUUAUGAGCAUUAAAAGUAUUUUUAUCCUUGCCAAAAUUGCCUUUCCCACUGCUUUGGAGAGCAGUUUAGUUCCAUUAAUUAUCAGCUUACAAUGCUGAUCAAUACGCAUUCUUCAAGUGGCCAAUUUCUAAACGUUAUAACCAAAGAUUUGUAUAUCCAUUUUUCUUGCAAAACAGUGUGAAUAGUUUCAACAUUUUCUCUGGAGAAUAUCCUGUUAUUGAAUGGUCACACACACAGAGCUGUUGUUACUGGCAGAGCGAGAAACGGUCUCAAUGGAUACACACCAGUCGCUGCUGCAGCUUCACAAGAAAUGUCUUCACUGCACGGGGCGUGACAAGAUUUGGUGGGAAUAAUGUGCUACACCAGUUUACUCUUCAUUUACUCUCUACAUUUAAUCAUUACUGCGUGGCAGUGGCUAAUAAAAGGAUAUUACUGAGAGAGAGAAAGGGCAGUGUAUUCCCAUUUGUUGUCAUGACUUUCACUCAUGUUUACUCAGUGAUGGUCCAGCCUAAUUUUUUAUAAUAAUAAAUUGCAUAAUGUCUGAGUUUGAGAACAUUUCCCCACAAA